AUGGGUAUUUCGAAUCUGAUGUUACUGCUCUGCUUCAUCGCCAUUGGCAUUGGAAUUCCGUCUUUCCAUGCAGAUGCAGCAGCAGAAGGGGGCAGAUGGCAGAGUAACUAUAGGAAGGUGAUAGAUGUGGAAGGAGGCCCAGAGUCUGUGGUUUGGAUAGUUCAGCUCUCUGAUCUCCAUUUCAGUGUCCACCACCCUGACAGAGCUCUCGACUUCAAGAGAAUUGUGGGUCCCACUCUUUCCUUCAUCAACCCUUCUCUGGUCCUCAUCACCGGUGAUCUCACAGAUGGGAAGAGCAAGGAUUUAUUAACAAUGAAGCAAAAUGAAGAGGAGUGGCUGGAAUACCAGAAUGUGAUGGAAGAUGUGAUAAAAAAGAGCAGGCUUGACAAGAGCAUCUUCUUUGACCUUCGAGGAAAUCAUGACAACUUUGGUGUGCCAGUGAUUGGUGGUUCUUUUGAUUUUUUUUCAAAAUAUAGCAUCAAUGCGCAGCUGGGCAGAAAUACAAACAUUAAUAGUGUCACUCUUCAGACUGGUGAGAAGAAACAUCUCUUUGUAGGUUUUGAUAGCACAAUGGCGGUUGGUUUACGAGGGCCGACUAAUCUUUUUGGGCAUCCAACUGAUGAACUAUUAGCUGAAUUGGAUAAGGAACUUUCUCAGUGGGAUUCUCAAUCAACAGAACCAGUAACCAAGAUUUCCUUCGGGCAUUUUCCUCUUUCAUUCUCAUCACAAUCAAAUUCUGGAAAGAGCCUGGGAGACAUUUUCCUCCAAAACUCUUUAUCAGCUUAUAUAUGUGGGCAUCUCCAUACAAGGUUCGGUAAAAAUUUAAAACGGCACCAUCAGUUGACUCAUCAUUUUCUAUCCAAGUUCUUUCAGUUUAAUGUGCACCAAGAUUCUUAUGAUAGUAUAUUAAAUUGUUCAACCGAUACCAAGGAAUUCUGGGAGUGGGAGAUGGGUGACUGGAGGAAGAGUAGGGCCAUGAGAAUAUUGGCAAUUGAUAGAGGUCAUGUUUCUUAUGUGGAUAUUGACUUUAAGUUAGGAGGCAAAAAGACUAUUAUAGUGCCCACAUUUCCUCUAGAUUCACGCUUCAUGUCAACAUCUUCAACUCAUCGCAAUUACAGAUGCCAAAAAAUAAACUUUUUGUCUUACGAGACAGUUAGGGCUUUGGUGUUUUCUGCUUCUCCAAUUGUGUCAGUUGUGGCCAGGAUCUAUGACUCAAGUCCUGGGGUUCUCAGUCUGAUCUUUGAAGCAUCUAUGAAAAAGCUUGUUGAUAACUCCUCUAGGGGAGAUCUUUAUGUUGCUCCAUGGAAUUAUAAAGCCUUUGAGGACCCAUCUCCAGAUAGAUUUUGGUUGCAAAUAGAGGCAACUGACAUAAUGAGGAGAUCGAGUUUGACUGAUUUAAGGCCAUUUUCUAUUAACAGUCUUAAUGCUAAGCUCUCCUGGACAUGGAGGGAGUUUCUAGUCAUGGGUUGUCAAUGGGCUGCCCUUUAUUACCCACUGUUGUGGUCUACAUUAUAUUUUAUGCUCACCAUUCUUCUUAUUCCAAAAGCUGUGUUGAUUUUCUCAAAGAAGCAGUUCACUUACUUGAAUUUUGUUGCUGAUAAAGGAUUCAUAAAUUGUAUAGGAUGGCUUUUACAGGAACUUUGCAAGGUUCCCAUAGUAUGGUUUGGUAUCCUAAUAUACUUAUUCUACCUUAUAACGUUCCCCUGGUUUAUUGGGAGAGUUUUCACUGACGGCAAGGAUAAGGGAUACAUGACUUAUAUGGGCUGGGUAGUUAAAUCUAUCGAUCAAAAGGGAAAACAUGAAUAUAUUGGAUCUCCUGACAUAAUGGUUACUGUUCUUUCCCAUAUUUUCUAUGUGGUUUUGCCUUCUUUGUUGGUCACUAUCGCUUUGGCAGCUGAAAAAAGUAUAUAUCGGGAAUACUUUCUAUCACUUUCAGGGAAGAAAGUAGAUGAUUAUGAUCAAGAGCAAUCAACAUCUCUGGUAAAUGAGCAAGGGAGUGAAAAAUCAAGAUCUUACAUUGGAAAGCGGUAUAUCCGAAAAGUUCUUUUGGUGGUUAUCUUGACAAUCUGCUGGAAGCAUUUUAUGAAUUGCAAGGCUCUUCUUAAAGCAUACGAGAUGAAUCCACUUAUCCACUUUCCAGGAUACAGCUUCACAAUUCCACUUCUAUUGGCUUAUGCUUUCUAUAAAACUAGAAAAGUUUAGCGCACGAGCGAUCAAAUUUUCCUCACCUAUAAAUAUUCCACUCAGACUACCCUAUUAGCAGUUUUUGCUAGAUUCACACAACAUAAAUUUGAUGCAAUUGAAGCAAUUUUUUUUGGAAAAACUUCGCAUCAACUUGCCGGACCAGACAUAUAUGGACUCUUUGAACUCUUUUAUAGUCGAUUAGACUCUGAAAGUGAUUGUUGCAUUUUAAGCAGAAGAAAAGAUGAAUCAGAAAUGGAUGUUAUGAAAGCAGCCCUAGUUUGAUAUAACAGAUGCUUUAAUUUUGUGUGCUCUGACUUGCAUUUGGACAUUUGUUUUUGGGUCGAAAAUGUCCUUAAGCAUCUAUAAUCUUGAAGAAUUUCCUUGUAAAAAUGCAGUGUUGAAUAUGAUAUAAGAAAUACCCUGAUGAGGAGUAAAUUUAUGAAUGAAUGUUACCUAUGAUUUUGAUUUGUGAUUA